AUGUCUUCCCCUCCCGAGAUUCCAGAGACUCAAUGGGCUCAAGUCAUCGAAGAAAAGGGCCACCCCCCGGUCUACAAACAGAUCCCCGUCGGCAAGCCUGGUCCGGAUCAGAUCCUCGUCAAGAUCCGUUACACGGGAGUCUGCCACACCGACCUACACGCUAUGAAGGGUGACUGGCCGCUGCCCCUCAAGCAGCCGCUGGUCGGCGGCCACGAAGGCGCCGGCAUCGUCGUGGCCCGGGGCGAGCUUGUCACCGAGUUUGAGAUUGGCGACCACGCCGGCAUCAAGUGGCUGAACGGCUCGUGCCUGGCCUGUGAAUUCUGCAAGCAGGCCGAAGAGCCCCUCUGUCCCGACGCAUCGCUCUCCGGCUACACCGUCGACGGCACCUUCCAGCAAUAUGCCCUGGCCAAGGCAAGUCACGCCUCCAAGCUCCCCAAGGAGGUGCCCCUGGACGCCGUGGCCCCAAUUCUCUGCGCCGGUAUCACCGUGUACAAGGGACUGAAGGAGUCCGGGGUCCGGCCCGGCCAGACCGUAGCCAUUGUCGGAGCCGGAGGUGGUCUGGGCUCGUUAGCCUUGCAGUAUGCGAAGGCCAUGGGACUGCGCACCAUUGCUAUCGAUGGCGGCGAAGAGAAGAAGGAGAUGUGCCACAAGUUGGGAUCAGAGGCCUACAUUGAUUUCACCACCUCCAACGACGUAGUCGCCGAUGUCAAAGCUGCCACCCCCGAGGGUCUUGGUGCUCACGCUGUCAUCCUCUUGGCCGUGGCCGAGAAGCCCUUCCAGCAGGCGACCGAGUACGUACGCUCGCGUGGUAGCGUCGUUGCCAUUGGCCUGCCCGGCAAUGCCUUCCUGCGUGCUCCCGUCUUCAACACGGUCGUUCGCAUGAUCAACAUCAAGGGCAGCUAUGUCGGUAACCGCCAGGAUGGCGUCGAGGCCGUCGAUUUCUUCGCCCGCGGCCUGAUCAACGCUCCCUUCAAGACGGCGCCUCUGAAGGAUCUCCCUCGUAUCUUUGAAUUGAUGGAACAAGGCAAGAUCGCUGGCCGUUAUGUCCUCGAAGUGCCCGAGUAA